AGUAAUAGCUUAUGUUGCGAAAAAAAAAAUCGUUCCUAUGAAGUUUUAAAAAGCAGGGCAACGAAAAAUAUCAACCGGAAUUCGCUGCAUACCCACGUUAACAAAUUCUCUCUCUCCAGCAACUGCUCUUCCUUCCCUCACUCACCGAGUAACUGUCUCUCCCCCCUUUUUUUCCUUCCUUCCUUUUCCCUUCCCCUCUACCAAGGUAAUGACCUUUUUUUUUUCCCCUUCCUUCCAUUCACGCAUCUCAAGAUAUUGAAACCUAUGAAAUAUUUAACAUCCGACUGUGCCGAAGUAUUUCCUAUUUGAUUAUAGCAGUCGUCAUUGGUAAGUAACACCUGUACCACUCGCGAUUGGAUAUUAAUUAACCACGUUAUGAAGCGUUUUGUUAUCUCUUCAUGACGCUGAGGUGAUUAGUUACGUGCCCAAGGAUUUUUUUCUUUUAAUAUUAAACUGACAGAAAAUGAAAACUGCUUGACAAUCCCAAUUAAUAACCUGUACUGCAGAAGAUUUCUAUUUAAAAAAUAGGGGGCUCCUUCUGUUCAUGAAAAAUGAAAAAUCGCAUGCAACAAUGGCAUUAUUUAAUUACAUAAAUUAUAUAUCUAUUCAAUAAUGGUUAUUGCAGCCAUACGCGAAUCAUAAAAGAAUGAUUUAAGUGAAGUCUGCCCAUACAACACCCAAUACGAUGAGUAAAAGACUGUAAUAGUAAAUCUGAAAGAAGCAUUCUAUAUUCUUUGUUGCCUGUCUCUAUCUUACCACUCUGACCUCCACCUUUUAACAAAGCGGGUGCUGAUUGGGGGAGGAGAGGGGCGAAGUUAGUAUAAAGGAGAGGAGGUGACCACCUUGGAAUCAGUGUACUCUAUCAAGCACCUGAAGAUAUGAAGUGCCAGCACUUGGCAGUUGUGGUGGUGUGCGCGGUGGCCGUGUCUGCCCUGUCAGUGUCGCGCCCCGAAGAGCCAGCCAAUGAUGACGGCGUCGCCAAAUUGCUGGGCAUAGGUGUGGUGGGAUUACCGACCUUCCCCAGCCAGGCCUUCACCGUGACCGUUGUCGAGACAGUGUCGGCGCAGACAACUGUGACAACUGACUGCGCCCUUAUGGUAGAUUACUGCAUUCCACGCUCCUCCUUGGGCCGGGGAGGAACACCAACCAUCGAACCUACAAUUCCCGUUCUCAUCGCAACUCUUCCUGGCACUAUCACCAGUGACGCAGCAUUUAUUUCCUCCAAUACAAAUGAUGAGCCUGCGGAUUCCCUAGUGAAAAUUCUCGACUCAUCUAUUGAUGAAACAAUACACACUACUCAGAACUUUGGUGUGGAACCCAUUGCUACAGUCAACAUACAAACUCCACCUGCAGCAGAGACUCCCACCCACACUAUUGCUAUCGAGUCGCCUCAGGAAUCUCCACGAGACGGAGAUCUUAUCAUUCCAGCAUCAGCAGUCACCCUUGAGAAGGGAGAGCAUCGUGUACGCCGUCGCUGUUUUGAAGGUGUAGAUGCAAGGCUCCUGACAGUCAUAACCGUCACCUCCACCUCUAUUGCAUACACCGGGACCAUCAUUGAAGAAAACCCAACCCUUACCAUUGAAUACUUUUGUACUACACCUACGAUAUCACCACCUUUACAAAUAUGUACUAAUUUUAAUGUUCCUCCACAAGUGGUACAGUGAAGGACCAUCUACACUUGUAAAUCAAACUUAAUUGGUUGUUUAUGCAGUGAUCAGUGAUGAGUACUAAAAAGUUGACUGGAAAAGCUAAAAUUAUAAAAGAAAUGAUGUAAGGAUAAUAAUUAUACCAAAAAGAGAAAAUAAAUAAAAAAAUUUCAAUACAAAGCUGAUAGUAAGCAAUAAAGAAAAAAAGCACAUUUAGUUUAUUUGUAUAAUAUCCCACCAAAGAUGUGUAUGACAUUUUCAAACACAAGAGACAGCACUAGACUGCACUUUGAAAUCAAGAAACUUGAGUACACUUUCCACUUGUGGAAAAUUUUGUAUAAAAGGGUGACAAAGAUAGGCUAACAAGGACAGUCAUCACAAGGGGGAGAAGCUUAUGGAGGCACAUGACUAGCACACCUCAGGCCUGUUAACCCUGAGGACUUGUGGAUCUAAUGUUCACAAAUUACUGUAGUCACAAGAAAUGAGCUGCUUAAUGCAAUUCCAUCCAAUUACUGUGUUUAUAUCAAUAUUAAUAUGAAUAAUGAUUAUGGAUACUCCAUUCCCAUAUACAGAAUCAAAUUUUCCAUAAAUUUUUGCUGAAGCUGAUGGACUCCCAUAAAGGUGAUCCUAACAUCUUCACCCUAAAGCAGUGGUUCCCAAACUUUUCCUGAGUGAGUAUCACUUGGAGGUCCCGUACAGUCUGUGUACCACCUUGUUCCAGAUAAACUUAAUUCCAGCAAAUACUAAUUUAUUUGCACAUAGAACAUACAAAUGAACAAACAGCAAGGAACACAACUC